AUGGACCUGUUCUUCGUAAGAGGGCGUUGGCGGCUGAUUGUGACAGACUGUUUUUCCCGCUACCCCGAUAUAGCGUGUCUCGAAAACCUAUCUUCCGCGUGCGUGGUUAAUCACUGUAAACCUAUAUUCUCGCGGCAUGGUAUACCCGAAGUUGUGGUAUCGGACAAUGGGCCACAAUUUUCCAAGACAGGAACCUCUUCAUUGGCUUCCUUCGCUAAGGAGUACCAGUUCAUCCACGUAACUGCAAGCUCCAGGUAUCCCCAGAGCAAUCGUGUCGCCGAGGCUGCUGUCAAAGUCAUCAAGCAAUCCAUUACGAAGACUGGGGACCCGUACAAGAGCCUGCUAUCAUACAGGACGCUCCCACUCAAGAAUGGAUAUAGUCCUGCUCAACUAUUGAUGUGGAGACAGUUACGCACGACUGUCCCAGCUGAUACGCAGCAGCUGGUCCCGAGUCUACCAAACUACAACGCACUUCGUCAGUUCGAGCAGCAGUACCGACAACGGCAGAAAAGGGACUACAACAGACGGCAAGGGGUCCGGGACCCUCCCGAACUCCAGGAAGUGGGAGGACGUAUGGGAUAUCGACUUGCGUCGCCAGGGCAUCGUCACAGAGAGAGCCCAAGAACCAGGUUCCUAUAA